UCAAGAAGAAAUAAAGAGCAUAUAAUUUACCGUUAUGGUCAAGAACGUGGCUUUAUUAUACCAAGAAGUGUUCGCCGCAAAUAGAUUCCAGCCGAGAGACCCAAUUUUCAACCGCUUUUUGCGGCAAUUGGUCCGAAUGUCAGCUAUAAAGCGCCGAAUAUUUGUUUCCAAAGCGACAAUCGUCUCGUGCUUAUCUGCGUAGAUAGGCGGAGUUAAAUCGCUUCCUUUAAAACAUUAAAUGUCUCGUAGGCUGUAUGGCAUGUAGCGCUGUCUUGUUGGAACCAAAGGUUGCCACAUCAACAUUAAAGCCUCCUCGUUUCUAGCUCAUUCACCGAACUUUCAAUGCACUUGAUGGGCGUUCGGCUUCAAGUCUUGUACGAGUUAGGUUUUGUAAGCGGACAAACCAAGAUCCUUCCGCAAAACAUCGACUAUGGUCACAAACAGUUGAAAUUUCAUCCUAUCCCGAUGGCCGUAAGGUACCUGAGAUAGCGCAGUCGUCAAUCGCAACUGUUAAAAAAGUAGAGACGGGAAGACGAAAAAAAAUGAGAUCGUAAGUCUGCAUCCAUGAGAAGAUAAUUCCUUUGCACACAAUAGGCACUUUACUCAUAUAACUUCGCUAAUCACCUAAUGAUUGCAUGUAAAUGUAUUGUAUGUAAAUACAUAUGCAUGUUGAUAUUUAUACGAUUGUGUUAUAAUGCAAAACUUUAAAUGGCGGAUGGCAAUUAGCCGGCGCCUAAAGUUGUGAAGGAUUUACGCUCCUGGCGUAAACAGGUGAUGUAAAAAAACUUCAACUUCGAUGCGUAACCAUUCUGCAACUUAAUCUCAAAUAAUUCUGCGUGUGCUCUUGAAAUUAAGUUUCGACGUCUGACGGCAUAUGUAUCCCUAUUUUCUAAUAUACUGACAAAAAUAAUGUACUCGUAUUUGCGUUCAUAUCAAACAGUGCCGUUGUAAAAUAUUCAUGAUCACCAUGGAAGGAAAAAUGUUUGAUAACAGCCGCCUUGCGGAUUCGAGAGAACAUGAAUUGAGUGAUAUUAUUGAGAUUAUAUCACCGGAAUUGGAGGGUUCCACAGCCUCUUCGAAGCCAUACCUUCGUGUUGUCGAACAGCCUACCCGAAAACCUAUGCGAUUCCGCUAUAAAUGUGAAGGUCGCACUGCUGGGACCAUACCGGGUGAGAAUUCGUUUCAGGACACGAAAACCUUCCCUACUGUUGAAAUAGUUGGCUAUAACGGUGAGGCACUAAUACUUGUGUCUUGCGUUACAAAGGAAAAACCUUACCGACAACAUCCGCAUCAACUGGUUGGUAAAAAUUGUAAAAGCGGUGUUUGCACCAAAAAUGUUGGACCAGGGUCGCCACUGCGUGCAGAAUUUAGUAAUAUAGGUAUACAAUGUGUCCGAAAAAAAGAGAUUGCAGAAUCGUUGGAAGAGAGGAAGAAGAAAAAAGUCGACCCUUUUAAGACUGGUUUUGAUCAUAUAACCGAUCCGAAUUCAAUCGAGCUGAAUUCAUUACGCCUGUGCUUUCAAGGUUUCUUAAAGGGUGCGAAUGGUUGGGAGUCUCUGCUUCCAGUGGUAUCGGAGCCUUUGUAUGAUCGAAAAGCAAAAAGCGAGUUGGUCAUUAGUCGACUAUGUAGCUGUGCAGCAACCAUCGAUGGUGGAGAUGAAAUCAUUUUGCUUUGUUCAAAAGUCAAUAAGGAUGAUAUUAGAAUACGUUUCAAGGCAAUUGAUAACAAUCGUGAAGUAUGGUAUUCCUACGCCGAGUUUGAGCCAUCCAAUGUGCAUAAACAGACAGCAAUUGUAUUCCGUACGCCACGUUUCCCACAAUCGGAUUUGCCUAAAACUGUAAAGUCAUACAUUGAGCUAGAAUGUCCCAGCCUGGAGAAAAAGAGUGACGCAUUAGAGUUCGUAUUUCAUGAUCCAGGUACGCUUUCCUUUGCUAGUAUGCGUCGAAAACUUAAGCGAAGGCCAGACGUAGAUAUAUUUCAACAUAUAUUGUCCAUGGACAGCGAAACUACAGCUACAAAAUACUCUUGCCCGCCUGCUGAUUUCGAUUUCGAUCUGGAUGAUAAUGCUACCAUAUCGACAGAACGCACCGAAAGCACCGUUAGCAAACAGCAUAGUUUAGAUACGCUCAAUGAAACCGAAAGUAUAGCGCGUCGCAAUAGAGAGAGUAUCGCCGACGACGUUGAUAUUGAAUAUGAACGUCCUAAUGGCAUUGAACUCGAGUUAGAUGUGCCAAAUAUUAAGUAUACGGCUGCAGAUGCCGAUACCCAAACGUCGACUUCAUUAGACGAGAUAGUUAGGAAUCCAUCAUUGACAGACUCGCAUCCUUUGUCGGCGGUUGAUAAGAUCACUGAAUGGAUGCAUUCCAGUGAAUUCGAACGAACUGAUAGUUUGACUGUUGAGAAUGGUGAUACAAUAUCGCUCAGUCCGAUAACCGUAUGCACCAACAUAACCUUAUCAACUAACCAUACAACCAUAUCUACUGGUACUGAUGAAGAUAAAACUUUUACUGAUUUUACAGAACAAGUGCCUGAAUUGGAUGAUAUGACGAUGAUAUCCCAAUCUCGACGGGGAACUUUCGACAAUCCCAUGAUACAAAACUUGUCUCUUGGUGGGUCCCCAAUUCUCGACAAUAAGUCUAUUGAAACAAUGGUGGAAGUUGUUGCUACAAUUCCCGCAAAUAUCCGUUCCAGGUCACCCCCUCCAAUGGAGCUAAAGGAAAGUUUCGAUGAGAACUCCACGUGUAACAGUUUACAAAUCGCCUUCAAAAAUCCUAUUGCCACUCAAUCCAGUAAUGAGCCACGUUCUUCUUUACAUAUGUGUAACGAAAAUGAGUUGGUCAUAUUAAAAAACCCCCCCGCCCCGAAAAUACGUGUAAACGCUGUCCAAACACCACCAUCACCGUCCUCUCCACCCUUGCCCUUACCACCAAGAACCCCUUCACCCGUUUCUGAGCAAAAACUCCCCCCUCUACCGCCAAAACGAAAGACUUCACAAGAGUUUGGUUCCAAUUCACCAACUCCACAUAGCUCCGUGGAACAUUCACGCGCCAGCAGCAUUUCUUCACGACCACCCUCCCAAAUAAUUAUUAUGCGAACUCCCGAUCAAAGUCCCACGAAACGACAAACUACACCCGACCCAUCAACGAAAAAGCGUCAAGGAUUUUUUUCCCGCCUUUUUUCCCGUCGUAAAAGUAAGUGCGACAUAACCCAUGACGAAAAAUCUGUUAAAAAUCAAGUGCUAAAAGUAGCAUCGCCAAAUGGAAGCCGAGAGCCCAGCAUUGGCAGCUUCUCGUUCAGUGAUCCAAAUCGCUCCUCCCUUCGUUCGAAUAAGUCUUUGAAGGCUAACUCGGACACAUUACAAGCUCAAAGCUACAGUUCCGAGCAAAAGGAGAGCACUAAAAACUCAAAACCCGUGGGGCGAAGUGUAAGUAGCGUUUCUGGCAAGAGGCCAGCACAUUUAAAUGCCGAUGUGAUUCAUAUACCACUAAAAGGAGAUAACGCCACAAGCUUAUCGUCUUACGAAGGCAGGGCUUUCACAUUUGGCCAAUACUUAGACCGGAAAACACUUAGUGCCCUCCAUUUAGCCGAAAUACCUAUUUGUGAUGGCAAUAUGGAGCUUGUUGCAAUUGCCGAUAGACAAAGUAUUAAGAAUUUAUGCGAAGGCGAGUUCGGUGUCUUUCUUGAUCCUGAGGUAGACUUGCAAGAAGCUGAACAUUUCGCCCUAUAUACAAGUAUACCGACAGAACAUCAAGUUAUCGCUCAGAAUUCCGAAUUUAAUUUAAAGACCUGCGUGGCCACAAACGAAACACAAAUACUGACAGCUGACGAUAUCGCAAAACGACUGAUCGAAGCGAAUACAAUGCCGACCGAUUAAAUAGCAGUGUAUGAAAUAGAUUUUGAUCCUACUUCGGCUUUAGAUAUAUUUUUAAAACAUGAAAACUUUCAAAAUGUCUCCUUACAUGUUUUAUUCAAUUGUUUAACAUAUUUUU